UAAACAAACGUGGUCAUGUCCAGAGCAUCUCAUCCUGUCCUGAAGGUGGCACUUUUACUUCUCGUUCUCCAACAAAGCUCCAGCUGUAACAGUCGUUAUCAUAUAUCUCUAAUGAGGCUGAACUGGUUCGAAUCCAUAGAGUACUGUAGCCGGCUUGGCAUGAGGCUGUCCGUUCUGAACACGCUCGAAAAACACACCGAAGCCGUCCGCGAGGCCCAGGCCACCGUGCGAGACUUUUCGGGAUUCCACAACGGCCUCUGGAUUGGUGGUAGCGAUCUCGGCAAGAAGGGAUCGUUCGUGUGGCUUCCAACGGGGACGAAGGUUACCUGGACCAAGUGGAAGUUUGGGGAACCGUCCGGAGGUGCAAACGAACGCUGCAUGAACCUGUACAAUUGGCACGAGGAAGAGUUUUACUGGAUGACGAACGAUGCCAACUUUGAUCAGUUAGUCAGAAUAAGCGAGGUUGCAAUUAUGGCUCGUUCUUUUUGUACCAUAGCGAAGCUCGUUUUACUUCUUCUUCUUGCUGCUGAGCAGGGUCUCAGCUGUAACUCACGCUAUCACAUAUCUUGUACCACGUUCAACUGGUUCGAGGCGGUCGAGUACUGCAACCGUCUGGGGAUGCGCCCGGCCAUCCUGGACACUCCGGCCAAACACGAUGAAGCCGUACGAGAGGCCCAACUGACCGGCAAGCAAGCGUCCGGAUUCUUUGGCCUGUGGCUUGGUGCGACGGAUCUGGGCCGGAUCGGAACGUACGUGUGGCAACCGACGGGAUCGCGGGUCGGUUGGGUCAAGUGGAGGCCCGGAGAGCCCACCGGAGGACCGGAACACUGCAUGAAUCUGUACUACUGGCCCAGGCAGGGCUUCCAGUGGACGGUGAACGAUGCCCCGUGUGAUACCAAGCUGUACGCGCUGUGCCAGCAGGAUUAUCGUGAUUAUUGAGAUGCAAUACCUUGAUUAAGGUGUUGAUCACUUAAAUAUAUGCAUAGCA